GCUCUUGGCGUAUGGUUGUUUAGUGCUUUGUUUCUUGUUGUUUAUUCUGAUUAUUCGGCAUUAUUUUCUGUUUUUGUACACAUAACUAACAACUAUUCCACAAAAGCCUGUUUAAUAGUGGUUUAUAUCGCUAUCUAAAAUAGCGGAAAUAUUCGAAAAUAAGAGCUAUUGGAACAAAUUUUCUCUUGGCUCAAGCAGUAGAAAAUGGUGACGAAACUUUUCACAGCACUGAAAUGAAAUGGGCUGGUCGCGAGCGCGUUGAAGGAUAAACGAUAAGAUUUUGGAGAACCUUACUGUUGUUGUGUGAGUGUUUCCUUUGGUUUUUUUUUUACAUAAAAGCAUGCUUCAAGUAAAAUGUCUAGCAAGACAAACACCUGCAAAUGAAACCUCGCAGAAUCUGUUUUGAAAGUGUCUUCGAUUUGUUCAAGUUAUCGUAUGUUGUUGUCAUCAUGUCCAAAAAGUAACUAAUCUAUAUAACAAAAAAAUCCCUGCUUAAGUGUAAAAGGAAACAUAUUGCUACUGUCGGAAAUAUCCUGAAAUCCAAACAAUACAUGUUGCAGUAUAAUGGGUUUGCUUGUUGCAGAUGAUGAAGAAUGAUGAUAUAUUCUACUAGUGUUAACUGUAGUGUAAUGAAACAUUGAAGAAUAUUAAGUUAUUUCCGAGUGCUAGCGGAUAUCGCUUUUCUGCAAACCAGAAAAUUUUUCUAAUUUAAAGCAGGCUAACAUAAAUGAAAAUAUCGUUAAAGAUCUGCUUGUGCGAAAACCAAUCGUCAAAAUGUUUUAAUAAUUUUCGUUAAGGGACUUUCAAUUAGGCAUGAUUGAGACCUAGAUCAGGAACGUUACGACGCUCAAAUAAAAAAUAAUUGUCUUCAUACAUAGUUGUGUCAUCAAUUUGUUACCGGCAAGGCUGCACGUAAUACGUGACGUUAAUGACGGAAUACAUCCAAAUGCAUUAGUUCAACAGCUCAUGAAGAUGACAAAAAAGACACACGCUUGUAACUUGUAAUACAAUUGUCAUACAAACCGUCAUCGUGAUUAUUGUUAUUGUGGUCAGUCAAAAAUGGUGUUGCUGAAGAUUUUUUCGUAUAUUCAAGAUAAACGGAGAAAAUGGCGUUGCAUAGUUGGACCCAAAUAGACAACCCCGACAAGUUUCAAAACACUUGGAUAAAUUCGUAAAAAGAUUAACCUGAACGUAAGCUACAGAGCGUUUAUAAAUUUACAUGUUUUAUCACAGCAGUACAAAUUAAGUUAAAGUUUACAUUGAGUAGCUCGAACUAGCAGUAACUGAUUAUCAUAAUGGCACCCAGUCAGAAGGUUACGAAAAAAUGGGAAAUUUUUGCAGGCCGAAACAAAUUCUACUGCGAUGGCUACCUCAUGACGGCUCCAAAUUCCGGUGUAUUUUAUUUCACAGUAGUACUCAUCACCGGAACCAGUGGUCUAUUUUUCGCGGUUGAUUGCCCCUUCCUAGCAGAGCGAAUAACACCGGCUAUACCGAUCAUCGGUGGUAUUUUGUUCGUGUUCACCAUGAGCUCUCUAUUCCGCACUUCCUUCAGUGAUCCAGGCAUAAUUCCACGUGCAUCUCAGGAUGAAGCUGCUUAUAUCGAAAAACAAAUCGAAGUACCCAAUUCACUUAAUAGUCCAACCUAUCGGCCGCCGCCUCGAACGAAAGAAGUGUUCGUAAAAGGUCAAACAGUAAAGUUGAAGUAUUGUUUCACGUGCAAAAUAUUUCGACCUCCGCGUGCUUCACACUGUAGUUUAUGUGACAAUUGCGUUGAUCGGUUCGAUCACCACUGCCCCUGGGUGGGCAACUGCGUAGGAAAAAGAAAUUAUCGUUUCUUUUAUAUGUUUAUAGUCUCUCUCGCCUUCCUAGCAGUAUUCAUUUUUUCUUGUACAACGACACAUAUAGUUUUGUUAUUCAAAGAUGAGGAUCAAUUCUUUGACAUUGUCAAGAAAACUCCAUUCAGUGUGAUAAUAGCGAUAAUAUGUUUUUGUUCUGUGUGGUCUGUGAUAGGCCUAGCAGGCUUCCAUACAUACCUUACAACCAGCGACCAGACAACGAAUGAGGACAUAAAAGGUUCUUUCACUUCUAAAGGAGGACAACAGGCUGUCAAUCCCUACUCUCAGGGCAAUAUUUGCCUAAAUUGUUUUUACAUUCUCUGCGGGCCGAUAACACCAUCACUAAUUGACAGAAGGGGAGUUGUAACGGAUGAAUAUCGAACGCAAAUGCAACCAGCGGACAAGUAUAACAAUGCACCGGUUCCACCAUUAGUCGUUGUACAGCCCGGAUUAGAAACGCUAAAUAAACCCUAUAAUCUCGAAAAUAAUUCGCAGGACAUAACUGGUGGCGUAUUUCGACAGCGCAGUUACGAUAACUUACAUAAUGAAAAAUCGAAUAGCAUAGCGCAUUUGGUGGAAAACGAAAUACCAUUAUCAAACACGGGCAAUAUGUCGACACUUGAGGACACGACGACAACUACAAUAGUCAUGGAUGAUGACGGGGUUAUCGAAAUGGAGCCAACAAAACUAACCAAUUCGAGUGGUAGCUACAGUAAUCUAUUCCGUGCCGAGAUUGCCGCCACCAAUGGCAAAGUAUCGAACGCUGGCGGUGCCGAUUACAACGACAAAAUCCACAAUGCUGAUAAUAAUAUUAAUGCCAGCGAACAACAGAUGGUAUCCAGUGUCAGUGGCCAUGAAAACUUGUACAGUAACAUACCAUCUCAAGGAACCACUGGCAGUAGAGUGAGAGUCGCUAAAAGGUCAAGCGGUGGACAGCUAGCGACAAUACCGCAUGAAGAUCCUACUGGCAUUAAAUCGAAGUAUGAUCCAAAUCAACAUUUAUACUCUAAUAUUGGCAGCAGUAUUUGUAGUACAAACAACGGUAAUGUAGUUACCAGUCAACGACAAAGUUCUUCCAGUGGAAGUAAUUUCCAUCAACAGUCCAGUCAUAGUAGUAGUGGUGUAAGUAACAAAACAAGUGGAACAGCAGAUGAUCCGUCAAUGCUUAAUGCUUCGUUUAUAACAAGUGAACUUGACUUGGACGAUCCGGUCGUAACUAGCUCGUUUACAAACAACUGUACAUCUAUACAACCGGCUGUUGACGCAAGUUCUUCUGCGGCUAUAAUUCCUUCGUCGUCUAGCCAUGUACCGUUACCACCACAUAAAAGUUCUCAACCAAUUACGGCGAUAGAAAUGAAAAAUGUCAUCAAAACGUUAGACCCAAGUAUUAUUAUUCAGGCUACCACCAACAAUAACACCAACUCUCCUUCAUUCGCUGUUACAGCAGGACCUCUGACGGCAGCCAAUAGUCAUAACAUUAGCAAUAAUAACAAUAGCAGUAACAUUAUUAACAACAAUUCUACCAGUUUUACUGGAAAUGGUGCAUUUAUGACAGGUUCAAAUCGAUUACGACUGUUGCAGGAAUCGACCAUGAUCGAUACUGCACUUGAUCUCGAUAGUCUAGAUGGAUCGAUUGGAAACAACUCCCAGUCAUGUCUAGUGAAAACAGCAAUUGUGUGACUUCCUCAAUCUGUCUUAACACCUAUACAUCCUUGAAGUUUAAAAAGUUAAAGACUUCCAUUUGGAGUGGCUCAGUAUUUGAAUUUGAGCGGCUUUUCAAGCGCAACAACAAAUCUAUUUUCUAGAAAUGCUUGCAACUGGACCACAGGUUUACCCUGAUAAUAAUUAAAAAAAAACAAUGUCCUUCCUACGCAACAUUCUCUAGAAACAAGCAAAAUAAAAUUGAUAAAAUAUAAUGUGUUAGAAUGUUGUUAUUAUAUAGUGAACUUUUUAUUUUAGUAUGCGACGUAAUUUUAAAUCGCCUAAUUGUACAUUUGGGACCUAAUAGUGAGAAAAAGUAAUGACGCGAUUAUUACUAUAAUAAAUAAUACGAGUGAUUGAAUGAAGUAAAAUAAGAUGAUAGAUGGGUAUGCCUGCUAUAAGCAGAGUAUUUCUGGCACUGUGCUGAACGAGUAAAUAAGCUUUUAACGGAGACAUAUUUUUGGUUGGAUAACAUAAAUAUAUGGAUGUGCAACACUGUUUACAAUGGUUAGCAAUAAAUAUGCACAUUGUUGCAGUAGGAUCAUAAUAUAUUAAAUGAAUGAUUUGUAGGUGUGUGUUCGCAAAAGAUACAAUACAUGGCAA